GAGAGAGACUCCCUAUGCGAUUUGCCUGCUUCUUUCUUGCCCUCUUUUCUCUCUCUCCCCUCUCAUUUCUGUCUGUUUCUCUCUCUUUCCCCCGUACGAGUCUAUCUCGUUCAUCUCUUUAACACCAAGAAGAAGAAUGGUGGAUGAUAAUGAUAAUGAUUUGCAGACGGCAGCAGUGGUGUGUUGCAUGUGCGGCGAUGUGGGGUUCUCGGAGAAGCUGUUCCGCUGCAACAAAUGCCGCCACCGUGUCCAGCACUCGUACUGCAGCAACUACUACAACCAGUUUUCGGAGGCGGUGGAGCAGUGCGAUUGGUGCCGGAGCGAGGAGAGGAGGGCGGCGCCUUGGAGGAAAUCGCAGGACGGAGGUAGCCGAUCCCACUACUCCGGGCUGAAGAUCAAGCAGCAGCAGCAGCAGGAGGAGGAGGAAAGUACAAGCAGGGAUGAUGGGACGAGGCCGUCGCCGGCGGCGAGGAAUCACGGCGGGCUGCCGUCUCCCAAGCCUUCAACUCGGAGAUACAAGCUACUCAAGGACGUCAUGUGUUAGUGUGUUAGGUCGCUUUGUUUUCGCUUUCUCUAGACUCUAGUGUGAUAUGUCAUGUUAUAUAUAUAGAUAAUCAUACUUACUUCAGUGAUUAGGGAGGAGGGGUGAGGCUGUGGCUAGCUGUUUAAUUAGAGAUAAGAAGAACUGGGUAGCCUUUUUGGGGUUCUGUUCUGUUGUGUUCUGCUCUGCUCUGCCUGCUCUCUGUUUGUCUGUUUCUCUUAAUAAAAUGAAUAUAAUAAUCAUAAUGAUAAAAUAUAGUUAUGGUGGAGC